AUCAAGUACGCCUGAGAAGAAUCAAGCCUAAGCUCGUCAAUUGUCAGGGGAGUCGAAAGAGUUGCUGACAUGGCUGAAAUCAAGUGCAUAGGAGUGGUUGGAGCCGGCCAAAUGGGUUCCGGAAUCGCCCAACUGGCUGUCGUCAACGGCGUCGACGUCUGGCUUCAUGAUACUGAGGCUGAAGCUCUCUCCAGAGCCCACAAUUCAAUUUCUAAAAACAUUGAACGCCUGGUCUCAAAGGGUCACCUUUCCCAGGCUGUAGAGGCUGAUGCUGCAAGGCGUUUACGCUGUACUUCCAGUCUGGAUGAUCUUAUUUCAGUUGAUAUGGUGAUUGAGGCUGUUGUUGAGUCUGAGGAUGUGAAGAAGAAGUUAUUUGUUCAAUUGGAUAAAAUUCUAAAAGGCUCUGCAAUCUUGGCAUCAAAUACAAGUUCCAUUUCCAUUACUCGUUUAGCAUCAGCAACAAGCAGACCCAGCCAGGUGAUCGGCAUGCAUUUUAUGAACCCUCCACCUAUUAUGAAACUAGUUGAGAUUAUUAAGGGGGCAGAUACAUCAGAUGAUACUUAUAAUGCCACUAGAUGCUUGGCUGAGAGGAUGGGAAAGACAGUCAUUUGCUCCAAUGACUAUCCUGGCUUCAUUGUAAACCGAAUUCUGAUGCCAAUGAUAAACGAAGCAUUUCAUGCUUUACAUACUGGAGUAGCAACAAAGGAAGACAUUGAUACAGGAAUGAAGCUGGGGACAAACCAUCCAAUGGGUCCUCUAGAGCUUGCUGAUUUGAUUGGGCUUGAUGUUUGCUUGUCAAUAAUGAAAGUUCUUCAGGCUGGCCUUGGGGACAGUAAAUAUGCUCCGUGUCCUCUUCUUGUGCAGUAUGUUGAUGCUGGUCGACUUGGCAGAAAACGCGGUGUUGGGGUUUAUGACUAUGAUUCUAGGCCCAAAGAAAUAAAACCAUUGGCUCAACUUUAAUAUUCUUCAAGUAUGAAAAUAACGAGAAUCUCAAUUAUGCAUUUUCCACAUGACAUGUCUGAAACAUGACUUUGACUGUUGAGGUAAGAUUAAGAGUGCUCUACUACAGAGUCCUGGAAGCUUGAAAGUUCCAUAAUCUUGUUGUAGCGUCUUCCUGGAGCCCAAGCUGCGGUAGAUUUAGUCUUGUUGUUCAUUUCAAAAUAAACAUGUAAGUUACUGAAAUAGGAUUAUACAUGUUUGUAAAAUUGAUAAAUAGAAGAGAAAAUGAAACUCUCUUAUCUGGCAUACAGUAGGAAAGAUGGCUUGUGAAAGUUUAUGAAUACUGUGAAGAUCCAGUGAUUAUGCUUUUACCUGUUUGCCUCCUUUUGCUACUA